GCUAAUCUCCCUUCACGAUGCCAGACGAUGGUAGUGCCCGUCGCUUGCUCCGUUUGUUGCUGUUCCUGUCUCACAUCCUCAGUGUGUAACCUAGUACAUGGGCAGGAUUACGUAUAGGAUUAUAUUGUAUCUAUUGGCCGUGUUGUAUGGAGAAGGAAGACCCGAAAUAUACAUAUGGGAUUGUAAUUGCUUAAAUACAGAGGAUUUACAGCAGGGAAACUUGCAUCCCUAAAGAAUUUAGAUUUUCCCAUGUUUUCCCCCAGCCAGGAGGAGCACUGCGCCCCCAAAGUCGAGCCUGUGAAAUACGGAGAGCUUAUCGUGCUGGGGUACAAUGGCGCUCUCCCUAAUGGAGACAGGGGGCGUAGGAAAAGCAGGUUUGCACUUUACAAACGACCCAAAGCUAGUGGAGUAAAACCUAGCACAGUCCAUGUAAUAUCAACACCCCAAGCAUCUAAGGCUGUCAGCUGUAAAGGUCAACACAGUAUAUCAUUUACACUUUCCAGAAAUCAGACCGUUGUAGUGGAAUACACACACGACAAAGAUACAGAUAUGUUUCAGAUUGGAAGAUCAACAGAAAGCCCCAUCGACUUUGUAGUAACGGAUACUGUUUCUGGCAGUCAGAAUAAUGAUGAGACACAAAUUACGCAGAGCACAAUUUCCAGGUUUGCGUGUAGGAUUGUAUGUGAUCGAAAUGCACCCUAUACAGCAAGAAUUUAUGCAGCAGGGUUUGAUUCAUCGAAAAACAUCUUCCUUGGGGAAAAGGCUGCAAAAUGGAAAAAUCCUGAUGGACACAUGGAUGGACUGACAACAAAUGGAGUGCUAGUAAUGCAUCCGAAAGGUGGAUUUACGGAAGAGUCAAAGCCUGGAGUCUGGCGGGAAAUUUCUGUUUGUGGAGAUGUUUAUACUUUAAGAGAAACUAGAUCAGCUCAACAGCGAGGGAAACUUGUUGAAACGGAGACGAAUGUUCUACAAGAUGGAUCCCUUAUUGAUCUUUGUGGAGCUACCCUAUUAUGGAGAACAGCAGAUGGCUUGUUUCAUGCACCAACUCAGAAACAUAUUGAAGCUCUUCGACAAGAGAUUAAUGCUGCAAGGCCCCAAUGUCCAGUGGGAUUAAAUACCUUGGCUUUUCCUAGUAUCAACCGUAAAGAUGUUGUGGAAGAAAAACAACCAUGGGCCUACCUUAGUUGUGGACAUGUUCAUGGUUUUCAUAACUGGGGUCAUCGCAGUGACACAGAAGCAAAUGAAAGAGAGUGCCCUAUGUGCAGGACUGUUGGACCAUAUGUGCCUUUGUGGCUUGGGUGUGAGGCAGGAUUUUAUGUUGAUGCAGGACCUCCAACCUUUGCUUUUAGCCCAUGUGGACAUGUUUGCUCUGAAAAGUCGGCUAAAUAUUGGUCCCAGAUACCCUUACCACAUGGUACUCAUGCAUUCCACGCUGCUUGUCCUUUCUGUGCAGUACAGUUAUCUGAGGAACAGCCCUGUGUCAAAUUAAUCUUCCAGGGUCCUAUUGACUGAUUAUUUUAUUUACAACAGUCUGAAGUACCAUUGUUUUACUCAAAAUACUGUGAAUUCCUUACCACUAGCUAUGGAUGCUACCAUUAUAAAAUGGUCUUCUGAGAUGGAUUUGGAAUUAUAGGGAGGUUGGGAUAAAUUGACAAAUGAUACCUUGUACUUGACAAAUCUUAGUAUUGUGGAGUACAGAAGUACCUCCACCUGAAUUCAGUGAUUUUCAUGAUGUCCUUACAUUUUUUUCUUUGAUAAUAUAGGUCUACUUUCUUAGCAUUUAGAUGUUUUUUCUGUCAUUUUUUUUUUCACUUAUGUGAUUUUUUCUUAAUUGAACAUUAUUUCUGUAGUCACUGAGCCUUAGCACUGAAGUACGUAAAAUAACAAGUGCACCGCUGUUCAGGUAAGAAGUUCAAGCUUGACUAUGGGACAUUGGGAGACGGAUUUAUGUGACUUUUUGUUGGUCAUCAUUAUAUGAGUUGUUUUCAGUGCCCUAUACUGUCCCUCACCACAUUUAAUAAGAUAGUCAUUGGUUAUUAACACAGUAUCCACUUCAAAAAAAUGCAAGUGUAUAUUAAAUAUCAGAUUUCUUAAGUUAUUUCUCCUGCUGAUUUCAGUGCUUCCCCCAGUUAUGUAUUAUUUGCUUUUAAUCCAAGUAGCAAAAUCAGUUUGCUUGACAAAAACAUGGCUCUCCCUUGGUGAUGCAUGUUUCUGUAUGGCCAGCUUUCUCUAUUUUCUCUUAAUUUUAUUCUUUAUUGUUUACAGAAUAUUUUAGAUGUAUAUUUACUAAGUUUUUUUUUUUCUUUUUAAUCCCUAAAGAUAUAAAGUGUUAUCAUAAACCUGUCUAAACUUCAUUGGACAGUUCUUCUAAAGUGCAUUUAAUAUUUGCCUUUAUUCAAGUACUUCUGAAUUAUCCACUGUCUGAUGUUUUCUUUACUAAAAUGCUCCAAAUCUGCUACCACUAAACUUUAGUAUCACCCGGUUUUUGUAAAGUAACUAAAGGCUGGUUAGUGUAGAGUUUACAGAUAUGUCAAAAUGUUUUUUUUUGUUGUCUUUUUUUAGGUAGUGACAAAACAGAAAGUGAGUAUUACAUGGGUAAAGCUGAAGUUGUAAUUGUUGUUGAGGUUAUAAUUUAAAAAUAAUAUGUAUAGUUUUUCAUAUUUAUUUAAGGUUUUGCAGCUAAGGGUAAUUUUGAGAAAUAAUGGAAGAAUAUUGCUACAUAUAAAUCAUUCUAUGCUCAAACAGAGCCUUUAAAGAAGUGUUUUAGCUUAAUAAAAGUCUAAGGACAAAGAAUCUGUAGCCAUACAGCACUGCAUCACUAGCACACAGAUACUACCAUUUCAGAUUUACUGUGAUGCCGUUUCAGGAAUGUGUAUCUCAGAGCAAAGUCUUCAUUCCCCCAUAACAGAGUUAAUGUAUGACGUGUCCUGAAGUUGCUACAGAAAAACACUUUGGUCGGUUGUCCUUCUGAGCAGUGGCAUCAGCCUUAUUUAAUCAAGAUAUAAUUUUUUGCUCUUUUUCUUAACUUUAACAGUGUAGAACUUGGAGUUCCACAUUGCAGUCUAUUACCAUUUUAUUAUAUUAGUUUCCUUCACAUGUCUUUGUUCUCCUGUGAGAUAUAGUUAAGAGACGUAGCUUUGGAAGUGACCAGUUCUUGUAGGUGUCACACAUCAAUGUAUAUGUUAAUAAAACUGCCUUCCUUGUUCUACAAAUGGUUUUCUGAUCAAAAGUAAAUUCAUUACAUUUUGGGUUUCCCUUAAUAGUUUUGAUAUAAUACAUAAUGCAUCCAUGUUGUUUGUGAAACUCUAUUCCUUAAUAAUUAACGAUUAUCUUAAAACUCAGUGUUUGCAAGUUCUCUGUCCACGGUAUCUCAGGUAUCAAUCUAUCCCCAUUCCAAAUAAAAACUGCCUUUGAGGAGGAGUACAGCAGCAGUCUGUGGGGUGGUAUUUGUAGAACUUGUUUGAAUGAUGAUUGAUUAUACUUUUUAUUCUGCCAGAUUAAUUAUUCUAACCUGUAUUUUGCUAUAUUCAUGUCCUUUGUAUAAUUUUAUAAUUUAUAUGAUUUUAAUAUAUUGUGUAUAUACACUUGAAUUGAACUCUUCAGAUUCCAGCUGUAAAUUGUUUUCUAGAUUUAAUUUACUGUUAGAAGUUAGCGUUCGAAAAAUCCAUGCCUAUAAUGUAAUAGUUUAAGUCACUUAACUGCUGCUGCUGUUUAACAUUGCAGUAUCUACGUUUCCAUCUUUUAAGAUAACUUUCUUUGAAAGAUAUGGAUUCUGCUCAUAGUAUAUGGAUAUACUAUGUAUUUCUGUUCUGUUGCAGUUUUGUAAAACAUUUUUACUUAAAUGCCAUGGGUUGAUAUAUCCAUUUUGGGACACCACAGUCCUCUUUACACUAGUGAAAUGAAAUUAUUGGUCAGCAAUAAUUUAUUCCUUGCUGUGUAAUAUUUUUAUCAAUUGCUAUUACUAAAAUGAUUCAUUAUUACUAAUUCAAAGCUAUUUUUCUAGUCUUGUACAUUUUCUUAACUAGAUUUGCUAAAUCAUAUGUGCUGAACACAUUUUCCAUACUAUUAUCUGGUACAGUUUUUGAAAAGUUAUUUAUUGACAUGUAUAGGGUACGUGCAAAUUAAAAAUGACUAGAAUUUGAGACUUGUAUCAGAAUUGUAUCCUUCUAAACAGACUUGGAGCGAAUACAUCCUUUAUUUAAUAAAAUCACAUCUCAUGUCUGCCACAGACUAAAAACCUCACCAGCUCAAGUCAACAUUUGGCAGAUUUCUGGCUACAUACUUUUUUUCUGCAAAAAAGGCCGUUUGAGUUGAACUGUCUAGAUCAUAACAUAAUUUUCUGCUUUUUUAUUUGCAGGAUAAAUAAAAAAGUACAUGGUGGAUUUAAAA